GCAGCAGACAGAACCGACAGAGGCAGGAGAAACUAGAAAAGGACUGCGCGUGGAAUUGGCGCUCAGUUUAACACGCGCCGGCGUAGCGUGCGUCUCGUUCGUAAUUUUCCCUCCAAUUGUUCGAUCACCCGGUGGAUGAAUGGCGAUUUAAAAGGCAACGCGCGACGCGUCGGGUGUUAGGGAGACAAUUUAUCAUCGUGUUGUGUUUUGUUUUCUCUCCUCGACGCCAACAGCCAACGGCCGAGGGAUCCGUGCGCUCGGCGAUGAUCCACGUCGCGAAUGUCCGCGUGUAGAGCGGUGUUCCGCGGCUCUCAGCAUCUGUCAGUGUUCUCGCGGUGAGUUUGAUCGUAGGAUUUCGUUUCCUGAUUUCCUCCUUUGCAUCAUCGGUGCAGCGCGAGAUGACGAGCGAGACUCCGAAGGUGGAGUUCGCUCUCGGCAGCGAGGUCUCGCCGGGUCGCUUUUUCAAGAGCGCGUUCGCGCGAAAUUUCAUCAGUAGCGGCCGCGACUGCAAGUCCCUGGAUUACGAGCUGCUCGAUAACGUCGAGAGGAACGAGGGUGACCGUAACAACAACGGACGGAACAACAAUUUCUUCUCGCUUGUGAAUUUCGCGGACGGCAAACCGGCGAACGGCGACGACGCGGCCGCCGCGGCGCGAACCACCACUCUCUGGGAGCAACCGAAGCCGAAGGAGGCGGCACAGCCGGUUGCAGAUGCGAAUGAAUUGGAGAAACUUCGAAAGGUGAGUUUAUUUAUGCCUCGUCGGCUGUAUUAUUGCACAUUCAUCCCCGGAGAGCAUCUCCCCGCUCAAACAUUCUCAGUUCGGACGUACGAACGUACCCCUUUAUCUCAUUCAGAAUACGUUGUCAACUUAACACGGCUUAUUUAG